AUGGAAGCUCCGUGCCUUUCUGGCCAAGAUCAGGACGAUGCCAACGCUCUGAAGCGCCAUGGCUAUGUCUUUGGCGAGAACCUUGCGCGCUCGCUGUCGCCAUUGCUUCACCAAGAGGUAUAUCGCCACCUGGGCCUGCGAUGGGGCCAGCUUCGCCUCGACUCGGCAGACAUAAGCCUGUUUCUCGACUUGGCGCAGCAUCCGAGCUUUUACGGGGCUUCCAUUACGAUGCCGAACAAGGUGGCCAUUCUGCCCCAUCUUAACGGCAUGACAAACGAGUGCAAGGCGGUGGGCGCAUGCAACACCGUCUUCAUUCGAGAGGCCGACGGCCGCCGACUGCUGUACGGCGCCAACACAGACAUCGUAGGCGUACGUGACGCGCUUGAUUUCAAUGUCGCGGACUCGACCACGGCGUACCGCAACCGUCCUGCCCUCGUCGUCGGGGGCGGCGGCGCGGCCCGGAGCGCCAUCUAUGCACUGCGCCGAUGGAUGGGGGUGGCAGAGAUAUACGUGGUGAACCGCGACGCGGACGAGGCCGAGGCCAUGGUGCACGACUGUACGACUCGCGGCUACGGUCAAUCCCUGCGCCACGUCACCAGUGCGGAAGAGGCCGAGGGUCUCCAGGGGCCAGGGGCCAUUGUUGCCUGCGUACCGGACGCCGUGCCCCGGACCGUGGGGGAGAUGAGGGCGCGGCGUACUGUGGAUGUGCUUCUAGGCAAGACAGGCGGACGAGGCGUCGUGCUCGACAUGUGCUACAACCCCACUCCCUUUACCGCACUUGGCGCCCUAGCUAAGGCGCAUGGAUGCCGGGUUGUGAUGGGCACUGAGGCGAUGAUCUGGCAGGGGCUCGAGCAGGACAGGUAUUGGACAGGCAUGGAGGUUGGGGAGGCGGCGGUGAGGGCAAUCAGGGCGGUCAUUGCGGCCAAUGUUGCACAGUCCUCUCAUCAAGGGUAA